UUUUUUUUUCUGGGAAGCAGCUUCUUUGUCCAUGAAAGAAAGUGUUUGGACUGAGCCGACCUUGAGAUCCCUGCUCUACCACAUCACCUGAAAUUGCCUCUCUAACUUGUUUAAAGUCAGUGUGGUCUUUGAGCAGCUUCUCUCUACAAAUCACAAUUGCUUCACAGAGUGACAGUGGUUGUUUUCUUGUAUUUAUCAAGGAAAAAAAGUGUAAUAGCUGGUGACCCUACAAGAGUGCCCCUUUGGCAACUGCUAGCAAGGCAAAGAGAUGACUGAGAAAGUCAGAAUUUUUGUAAAGACAUCCUUGGGUAUGGAAUGACUAAUCACUCAGGGUCUAUUCUUGAUUGGACCUAGUAAUGUUGAAGCAGGAAGGUACUUUCCUGGUCUUGUUAAAAUGGGCAGAGUACAGGGAAAAUCAGGAGAAGGGAAGAGCGCGCACGGGAGCGGGCUCGGGGUCAACAAGGACAUUGGGCUCCAGCUCCUGCGGCCCACUAGGCCCGGACAGAUGUAGAAUUGUUUUUCAAAAGUUGAUUCAGACUAUGGGUACGUCCACAUCCACUCCUGCUGUGGAGGUGCAGGUCUCCCCUGCUUCAGAGCAUGAAGCCGGUUCUCCACCUUCAGGAUGCCCGAUGCACCAAAAAAAAGAAACAGGUUGUCCAUUAAAUAUAAAUUCAUCUGACAAAACUUGUGAAAGUCAAUCGAAUUCAGUACCUGCACAUCAAGAUCGAGCAUAUGAAUAUGUGGAAUGUCCUGUAUCAUCAGCUGCCUAUCAAAAUAAAGAUAAUAUAGAUCCUUCAAACAUGAUGCCGCCGCCUAAUCAGACUCCAGCACCUGGUCAGCCAUUUGCAUUGUCAACUGUUAGGGAAGAAUCAUCAAUUCCUAGGGCAGAUUCAGAUAAAAAGUGGGUUUACCCUUCUGAACAGAUGUUUUGGAAUGCCAUGUUAAGAAAAGGAUGGAAGUGGAAAGAUGAUGACAUUAGUCAGAAAGAUAUGUAUAAUAUUAUUAAGAUUCACAAUCAGAAUAAUGAACAGGCUUGGAAGGAGAUUUUGAAGUGGGAAGCUCUUCAUGCCACUGAGUGUCCAUGUGGGCCAACACUGAUCCGAUUUGGAGGUAAAGCUAAGGACUAUUCACCAAGAGCCAGAAUUCGCUCAUGGAUGGGAUAUGAAUUACCUUUUGACAGACAUGACUGGAUUGUUAAUCGUUGUGGAACAGAAGUUAGAUAUGUUAUUGAUUAUUAUGAUGGUGGAGAAGUAAAAUAAGGACUAUCAGUUUACCAUCUUGGACGUCCGUCCUGCUUUUGAUUCUCUUACAGCUGUUUGGGACAGAAUGAAAGUGGCAUGGUGGCGCUGGACUUCAUAACCAUUGUUUCAUUUUAUUUCAAAAAAGAAAACUGUUAUUUCCUUUAAAGAGACACAUUAAACUAUUUUCUCAAUUUAAAAAAUAAAAUAAAAUGGGCAGAGUAGCUACAUACCCAAGCACCUUGUAGUGUGCUCAUCUCUAAGGCAAAGUAGCCUAUCAGUCAUUCAUUCAUUCGUAGAAAGAAAGCUAGUAAGAUCAUCCAUUCCCCAUUUUACUUUUUUCUUUUU